AUGCCAUACACUGUCUUCAUCUCCGGCGCCAACAAAGGCCUUGGUCUCGGCUUGCUGAAGAGCUACCUCAGUCGCGAGGACACCACAGUCGUAGCCACCGUCCGCGACCCUUCGAGCNNGCGGGAAGCCAAAGCUCUGCAUGAGAUCUCCAAAGGCCACAAAACCAACCUGAUCAUUGUCAAAGUGGAAGCACGUUCCGACACCGACUGCCUCUCCGCCAUCUCCAGCAUCAAAGACCAAGGCAUCAACCAUCUAGACCUGGUGAUUGCAAACUCUGGCUUCUAUGACCCUCCCGCCGAGCCACAGGUCGCCCACAUCACUAGCAAAGCAUUGUUGGAUAUAGUCGAUGUGAAUGCCAUGGGCUGGGUUCGACUCUUCCAGGCAUCUCUGCCUUUGCUUNNCCAGAAAGCUGAAAAGGGUGUUUUUGCUUACAUGUCUUCGCUUGCGGGAUCUAUUGCCACUACUGGCGAUAUACCUUUCCCUGUGGGUAUUUAUGGUGCUUCCAAGGCUACUGCCAAUUUCUUGGUUAGAAGGGCGCAUCAGGAACAUCCUGAGUUGGUUAUNUUUGCGCUGCAUCCUGGAGCUGUCAAGACUCCUGGUGCUAUGCAGGUUAUUGAGAGUAUGGGUAUGACUGAUGCUCCUCCUGGUUUCUUCAUUGACUUGGAGACAAGCAUUGAUGGCAUGGUAAAGACUCUUGACAAUGCAACCAAAGAGGAGACUUCGGGCAAGUUUUUGGCCUUCGACGGGUCGGUUGUGCCUUGGUAA